AUGGCUAAUUCCCAUAGAAGGUUUAAUCAUCUGAGGACCUUGGAGGUGGAUGGGGUGGUUUUUGAGGAGGAAUCCGAGAUAACUGAUCAGGUAGUACAAUUUUAUAAAAAUUUGUACAAGGAGAUUGAGGGGUGGAGGCCUUUUGUGGAGGGUUUGGAAUUUGGUCGUAUUGGGGAAAUGGAGAUGGUUUGGCUUGAAAGGAAGUUUGAGAGAGAGGAGAUACUUCAAGUUGUAAGUGACUUGGAAGGAGACAAAGCUCCAGGUCCGGAUGGGUUUACCAUGGUGUUUUAUCAUCAUUGUUGGAGAGUAGUGGAGAAAGACGUCUUAGCGGUUUUUGAAGAGUUUUUUCAACAUUAUCAGUUGAUUUCUGAGACUCAGAAUAGCUUUGUGGGUGGGAGACAAAUCCUUGACUCGGUUCUUAUUGCAAAUGAGUGUGUGGAUAGCCGAGGGAAGAGUAGGGUUCCUGGAGUCAUUUGUAAACUUGACAUUGAGAAAAUCUACGAUCAUGUGAAUUGGGAGGCUUUGCUGUAUUUGUUGAAUAGAAUAGGUUUUGGAGUGAAGUGGUGUAAGUGGAUCUGUACUUGUAUAUCCACAAUUCAGUUCUCUGUUUUGAUUAAUGGGUCUCCAGCUGAUUUUUUUGGUAGUUCAAGGGGUUUAAGACAAAGGGAUCUGCUAUCUCCUACGUUGUUUUUGAUUAUGAUGAAGGUGUUUAGUAGGAUGUUGAGAAGAGUGGAGGGAGCUGGCUUGAUCUGUGAUUUUAAAGUUGAGGGUAGGAGGGGUGGUGGGGAAUGUGUUUCACAUUUAUUGUUUGCAGAUGAUACUAUCCUAUUUUGUGAUGCAGAUAUGGAGCAAAUUCUUCAUAUUCGGUUGUUGUUACUUUGUUUUAAAGUGGUAACAGGUUUGAAGGUCAAUGUGCAUAAGAGUGAAAUGGUUCCAAUAGGGGAGGUUGAUGAUGUGCAUGCCCUGGCUGAAAUUUUGGGUUGCAGAGUUGGAACUUUGCCUAUGUCUUAUCUUGGCAUGCCAUUGGGGGCUUCACAUAAUUCCCCUUCAAUUUGGAAUCUUAUUUUGGAAAAAAUUGAGUGA